CGGCCAAGGGGAAGGUUCGCCCCGUCGGUCUCUGGUGUUUGACAGUGCUGGCUGGACUUCUUUCUCGCAGCAACCCCGGGGCUUCGCGCUGGAACCCACGGGGAGGAAAAUAUAAACGGUGGUUGCGGGGUCUUUAAAGAAUAUAUAGAAACACGCGAACUUGAAUUCAGAUCGGUAUUUCUUCGUUUUUUCUCAAUUGCCGAAACGAAAUAGAAAUAAAAAAAGAAAGUUAUACCGAUUUGCGUUCGAAGAUGAAGUGACUUUUGUGCGAAUUUUGUGAAGGGUGUGGUGUGCUUUUUUUUUUUUUUUUUUUUUUUUGGCGCGAAGAUGAUGUGAACGACAAUCGUGGCGCUUGACUUACGCGUCAGGACGACCAGAAGAAAACGUGACUAAAGCAAAACUCUGAGAAGAUUAAAGUGAAGGGCAAAUACACGAUAUAAAUGAAAAAUUGAUAUAUGUAAAAAUAAAAAAGAAGGGAAGACUAAGAAAAAGAAUAUUAUCUGAAAUAACUACAUAUAUCACGUGGCAGUGAAGUGAUAGCAGCGUAAUAUAUUAAGUAUAUAUAUAGUAAAUUAUAUAUAUAUAUAUGAAUAUAAUUGAUUAAAAAAACUUCCAGUAUUUUGCUUGUCACAAUUCCGGCUCGGGCAUCGCCAAGGCUGACGAAGUCCCAACACGACUUUCAGCCGCCUUCACAAACACACUCACACGCCUUCACGCCCACACAAUGAACAGCCCGAAGCCCUCUGGUAUCCGCACGCCCACCCGCAUUGGGCGUGCUGCUUCCGGGAUCCCUGUCACUCCCGGAACACCCCCGACGCCGCCCACACCGCCCACGCCCCCGACACAGAAUAAGCCGUUCAAAAUCGCUCCUCUUUCCACGCCCUCGCCUUCUGCAGGAGCUAACGGUGACCGAGUGGAUGUAGAAGUAGAAAAACUGCGACGCCUCAGCGAAGAGUUCUCCAGGAAGCCCGACUCCACUCUGCUCAACGGCUCCGCUAGACACAAAAGCCCUUCGCCGCAACCCAAACCAGCUCUCCCCACCUACACAAACUUCAAACAGAUCUACAACAACAACCAGCACAACCACAAUAACAAUAACAACGUCACCCCCAAUUCCUACAAUUCCUACAACAACACACAUAGCAACAACCUUUCCAACGGCCUUAGUGGGAGCAACAGCAGCCUCUCCAGCAGUAACAGCAGCAGCUUCCACCAUAAGCGUGCCAGAUCCCCUCUGAGAGAAAACGGACUCUCGCCCUCUGUCAUCCUCGAGACAAAGAAGGGGCUGUCUGAGGAGCCUUUCCUUCCCUUCACCUUCCCCGAUCUGCCUUCCUACAAGAUGCCUUCCCAGAGGCGCUUCAGCGAGGACGUGUCCUUCCGCAGACCGCUUG